AAUCGUUAUUUCGUAUGCAUUGAGCAACCGAACGAAAUAAAAACCCCUUCUUCCCUCCCUCCCUCCCUCUCAAUACGCGUUUCUUUCAUUCCCACCGCCCCCCUUUCUCCUUCACCGACGCCCCCAUUUUCCUCCUUCCUCGCAGUUCCAUUCUGCGGCAAUCUCGGGCAGGGGGAAAUGGGACUCGAGAAGGAGGUGCCGCCGCAGCCCACAUUGCUGGAAGAUCUGCUGGCGAAGGCCGGAGGCUGCGCGGUGAUAGACGGCGGAUUCGCCACCCAGCUCGAGACCCACGGCGCCUCCAUCAACGACCCUCUAUGGAGCGCUCUCUGCUUGAUCAAAGACCCCGAUCUCAUCAAAAAGGUUCAUUUGGAGUAUUUGGAGGCCGGCGCCGACAUUAUAGUGACUUCUUCUUACCAGGCGACCCUUCCUGGGUUUCUAUCAAGGGGGCUUUCUGUCGAGGAAGCAGAGUCGUUGCUGAAGAAGAGUGUGAGAUUGGCCGUGGAAGCUCGUGACGAGUUUUGGGACACUGUGAAGGGCUCUCCUGGAGAUGAAUACAACAGGGGUCUGGUUGCAGCUUCCAUUGGGAGCUAUGGAGCUUAUCUCGCUGAUGGCUCGGAGUACAGUGGUUGGUAUGGAGAAGAUGUGACCCUGGAGAAGCUGAAAGAUUUUCACAGGCGUAGGCUGCAAGUUCUUGUGGAGGCAGGUCCCGAUCUGCUGGCUUUUGAGACCAUCCCCAAUAAGCUUGAAGCUCAGGCUUGUGUGGAGUUGCUUGAAGAGGAAGAAAUCGGCAUUCCAUCCUGGAUAUGCUUCAGCUCGGUGGACGGCCAGAAUGCCCCUUCAGGAGAGAGUUUCAAGGAUUGCCUUGAUGUGAUAAACAAGAGUAGCAGAGUGCCUGCAGUUGGCAUCAAUUGUGCACCUCCGCAGUUCGUUGAAAACCUCAUCUCCAAGUUCCAGGAGUGGACCCAGAAGUUGAUAGUAGUUUACCCAAAUAGUGGUGAAGUAUGGGAUGGCAGAGCUAAAAGAUGGCUGCCAUCAGCAUGCUUCGGAGAUGACAAGUUCGAACUGUGUGCUAAAAGAUGGCAUAAGUUAGGAGCCAGCCUCAUCGGUGGCUGUUGCCGGACGACUCCUGCUACUGUGACCGGCAUUUCAAAGGCCCUGAAAGAAAGAUCCUCUUGACCACCAGCAACAACAUCGACGUUCUCACCAUAUAUGACAUAGAACGAUUACUUCACAGAUCAGAUACUUCAUUCAAAUAGUCAAGCCAUAUACAUCACAGAAAGCAUUUGUUGCCCAAUUCAUUUUAUUUACAAUGUAAGCUAUUGCUUGCUAAAUUAUAAGAAUUUACUGCCCCCUUCAUUUACCUCAAGUGAUUCCAGUUGUAACCAAAACAAAGUUGAUUUAUAACUACAGGCUUUUAUUCUAAUCUCUGUAGCAGGAAUAUGCAACAUGAAUACAAGGAUCUCAAUCUUCGAAACAUACCAUUAUAAGAAGCUCAAUGUUAACUCUCUUUUACCCACUACCAUAACAUGAUUUCUCCUUUCAAUAGCGAAUACCUGGCUCAUACAUUUGAGACUAUCAAUCCCCAUGACUACUCGGGUGAAUGAAGACUUGGCCAUGGCCCAUGUGUAUCAUUUGCACUAGCUUUGCAACGACUGCAUAGUGAACUGGCGUCGUUUGGCUAUUCUUCUAGGCCAAACUAACAACAAUUUGGCUUUUGAAGCUUGCACUGUUAAGGAAUCACUAUAGUGGCAAGUCAACGAACCAUUAGCAUAAAAGGGGUCAACGUCGGAGAUAGUCAUGGUUGUAAAGUUCCCCAGGAUCAUCUUCAUAGCUAUCACCAUAUCUGCUAGAAUUUCUUGUUUCAGAGCUUCGAUCCAUAAUUUCAAAGCCUCCAUCAUAUCUAGGUUCCUCUAUUCGUGCAUCCUGCUGCUGCUCAAGCCUUAGCUUCUCAAUUUCACGGCGAAUACAUAUGAGAUUAUUCUCAGUUAGCUGCAUUUCUUGAACUUCUUCAUGGUUUGCUCUCUUCUGGCACUCGAGUGUAUUUCUAAUGAACAGUGUAGGGAAAACAAAUGACUGAAUAUAUAGCAGAAUUUACAUCUCUGACUACACGAAUUUUUGUAAAGCAAAACUCCAAACCUGGCAUCGAGAAGCUGUUCGUGCAUCAUAUCUACAUCAGCUUUCAGUGAAGGCACUGACUUGUUCGCCAUUUUUACUUCUUUAAUGUCUUCUUGCAAACUGUACUCAAUAGCAGUAUAGUCCUCUACUGAAUCCCUCAAGUUUUCAACUUCUACUCUUAACUGCCUAACCUCCGACUUUAAGGGCUCCCUUGAUCGGACCUCUGCUUCUAGCUUCAAUCCUGUGUGAAUUAACUCCCUGAUAUGGGUCUCCUUUUCAGCCUGGAGUUGAGGUAGCCUUUCCUCCAACCUGUGAAUCUUAUCGUUCGUUCGUGCCAAUUCACUCUGAAGAGCUAUAUUAUCAUCGAUAAUGGCUUGAUUUUCAGAGAUUAUCCUCCUCAUUUCUCUAUCUAGAUCAUCGAGCUCUUCCUCCAAAGCUACAGGGUCAAGCUGCUGCACGGGCCUUGAUCUGUUGUUCCUGUCAUGCUGAUGGCCAUCUCGAUAGCCUACCAAAUCAUCAGGAUGCCGAUGUCGAUGCUUUCUCUUUGACAUGGGGCCAGUAAUCCAACCAAAUUACCUUCACUGAUUUGUUUACAAAGAGAUGGGUGGAAGAAGCAAUUGAAAGUCCAGGGAAAUCAGGACCCGAAGUCUCCGCAACUUCUUCACCGACGAUCUCCGUUUUUCCCCCCACAAGGCCACAAUCUCUGCCGGAAGAAAUCUCGCUGCUUUUGGUUUCUGGUUGGCCCCCACCUCCCCGGCCAGCUGGGUUUGGCGGUUCAGGUGAAGACGACUCGUAAGCAAUGUCGUUGGUUGCCGGCAAUUAGUAUCGUGGGCCGAAUCAAAUGGGCUUCCAGACCAAUAUCUUGAAAAUUUGGUCCUAAAUGAGUUACCAGCCCAGUCCAUUCCGGCAAGCGAACCGGCAUUUGCAUUUCUUUUCCA